GGAAAUCCUCGCUCGUCCCUCGUCCCGUGUGUCAGGUCACGGUUUAACACUCUCAGAUACUCGUGAAGAGAAUGUAGUGUUGCUCCAUGAUUUUUUUAAAUCACAAAAUUCAUUUGUAAAGUUAUUAACAGUCAUUAAUGUUCGCGUAAAGGACGGUGCCGUGGAACGAAGCUGUCUACGGCUUCUUGCCUGUUCAGCGGAUUAACAUUAGCUAAGCUAGCUGUUAUUAAUGCUGUCAGUGAAAAGUUGAACUGAGGCAAUUGAGUUACGCAGAUUUGGGCAUAUUUUGUGCUCUGCUCUGGAAGCUUUUACAGAAAUGCAAGUGACGGACUUUUACGUGUCAGCUCCUGGAAAGGCGAUCCUACACGGAGAGCAUGCAGUCGUUCACGGAAAGGUGGCUCUUGCUGUGAGCUUAAACUUGAGGACAUAUUUGCGAUUGAAAGCCACUACUUCUGGCAAGGUUUGCAUCAACCUGCCCAAUAUCGACACAUUCCUCAGCUGGGACCUUUCACAACUGAAGCAGCUUGUUACUUACUUCCAUGGUAAGAGGGAUGAGGUGCAACGCCUGGACGCUGAACUUGUGAGGAGACUGCGGGAAUUUAUUGGUGUAACCAAUGGAAACUUGGAUACUUGUAGCAUGGCCACCUUAUCCUUCCUUUACCUCUACCUGUCGCUGUUUGGAUCAGGUGAGCUGCCCAGUUUGACGCUGACUGUGUGGUCAGAGCUGCCGACUGGAGCAGGACUCGGGUCAAGUGCCGCCUACUCUGUGUGUUUAGCUGCAGCUCUGCUCUGCGCAAGUGGAGCCAUCCCCCCUCCUCUCAAAGAGUGGGAACACACUGCCAGGUGGUGUCAGGAGGAACUGGAGCUAAUCAACAGUUGGGCUUUCCAAGGGGAGAUGAUCAUCCACGGUAAUCCUUCAGGAGUGGACAAUGCUGUAGGAACGUGGGGCGGCAUGCUCAGAUUCUUGGCUGGAAAGAUAAUACCGCUGAGCAGGGUGCCGCUAUUAAGAAUCCUCCUCACUAACACCAAAGUACCACGAAGCACCAAGGUACUUGUUGCCGGGGUGAAGGACAAAAUUAACAAGUUUCCAUCCAUCAUGGUACCUGUUCUUGACUCAGUUGAUGCCAUUUCCUGCACUUGUGAAAAGGUCCUCUCAGAGAUGACCUGCGAGCCCAUCACAGGAGAGCAUUACAAUAUUCUAGAGGAACUCAUUGAUAUCAACCAGCACCAUCUGAAUGUGAUGGGGGUGGGGCACCCUGCCCUGGACAGACUUUGCCAGGUCACACUGGCCAAAGGGCUCCACAGCAAGCUAACAGGUGCAGGAGGAGGAGGCUGUGGCAUCACGCUUCUGAGACCAGAAACCGACUCCCUGAUCGUCCAGAGCACAGUGCAGGAGUUGAAAGACUGUGGCUUUGACUGCUGGGAAACGAGCAUUGGUGGGCCAGGUGCCCAGCAGCAUUCGGCCAUCUCUGUUAAGGAGGAAAUUCUGGAGAUUUUAAAUCACUACUAAGACUCACCCAUGGCAGUGUCUGCGAAGGAGGACAGAUGUAAUAGUGGGCUUUUUAUUAUCUCAAGACCUGAGGUAUACUGAACUAAUAAAGGAGGCCGAAUGGA